AAAUAAUUUUUUUUACUAUAUAAUUAAAAAAACAAAAAAUACAAAAAAAUAUAAAAAAUGAACGAUAUAUUAAUACCCUUAAUAAUAACGUUUCUAGUAUUAUUUUUGGUUAUAAUUAUUUAAAAAACAAGUAAUUAAAUUCUAUAACUGAACAAAAAAAUAAUGAUCCUUCUUAAUUUAAAAAAAACGAUAAUCAAUUACAUAUGGUAAUAUUUAUAUUUUAUAUGGUUCUUAAAGUGGUACUGCAAUAAAACUAGCCAAUAUAUUAAAUGAGGAGGCUAAUUUAAAUAAUUUUAAUGGAUAAGUAAUUGAUUUGUUGAAUUUUGAUUGGGAUUUUUUCACUAAAAACACAAGUUUAUGCAUUUUUACGGUUGCUACACAUGGAGAGGGAGAACCUACGGAUAAUACAAAGGAGUUUUUUAAGAAUAUAAAGGCUAUUUAGGAUAAUAAAUUGCUAAAUUAGAUGAAAUUUGCAGUCUUUGGACUAGGAAAUACAUAAUAUGAACAUUAUAAUGCAAUGGGUAAGCUUCUUAACAACGAAUUGGAAAGAUUAGGAGGGUUAAGAGUGUAUAAAUAUGGAGAAGGAGAUGAUAAUAGUUCUCUAGAAGACGAUUUUAAUGAAUGGAAAAGUAAUAUUUGGGAGGAAUUAAAGAAAAUUAAUGUAAUGAUAAAAUAAGAGAACUUUAUUGAGAAUGAAGAUAAAGAAAUAAGACUUGUUGAGAAAAAAAAGAAGGAAAUAAUUAACAAUUAAAGAAUAUUGAGAAAUUAAAGUAUUAAUUUUAAACGGAAGUUUAUAUAAAUAGUAAGGAAUGUUAUAUUUAAGAAAUAUAAGAAAUCCGAUAAAAUAAUGAAGAAGGUUCCACUUUUCAUAUAAAAAUUAAAAAUUCGGAAGGAAAAAUGAACUAUAAAACAGCUCAAAAUGUAGGUGUAUUUCCAAAAAAUGACCCUUUUUUAGUAUCAGAAGUAUGCCAGUAUUUAAAUUUGGACGAAAAUCAAAUUUGGGUAUGGGAAGGAGAAUUGGAAGAUAAAAUAAAAUUACCUUUUCCUUCAAAUAUUUCCACAAGGGAAAUUUUAGAGACUUUUUGUGAUUUUUAAGGAUAAGUCAUGAAAAAAACACUAAAGGAUUUGGCCAAAAUAUAUAGAAAAUAACACUAAUAAAAUGAAAAUUUAAGUCAAAAAAUAGAGUUUUUGGCAGAUUCGAAUUUUAAAUUACCAGAAAAUAGGAAAAAUAAUGUUAUUAUGGUAGGGGCAGGUACUGGGGUAGCUCCUUUUAUAGGAUUUUGUUAAGAAAAAGAAUGUCUUUAAGAUUAAUUUGGGAAGUUUACUCUAUUUUUUGGAUGUAGAAAAGCUGAUAGUGAUUUUAUUUUUAAGAAUUAAAUUAAUGAGUUUAUUAAUAAAGGAGUUUUGGAUAAAUUUUAUGCAGCUUUUUCAAGAGAUUAAGAAUUUUAAAUUUAAAUUAUGUUUAUAUAUUUUUUUAUAUGUAUAUAGAAAAAUAAAAUUUAUGUUUAAGACAAAAUAUUAGAAAAUUAAGAUAUAGUUUAUGAAGAUAUAUUUUAAAAUAAUGCUGUUAUUUAUAUUUGUGGAUCCACUUAUAUGGGUAAUGCUGUGAUUAAUAUUUUAAAAAAAAUUAUAAGUAAUAAAUAAUAAAUAAAUGAUUAAGAAGCUUAAUAAAAGAUAAAAUAAUUAGAAAGUUCAAGUAAAAUAAUAAAAGAAUUAUGGUGA